CAUUCUAAUCUCUUCACCCCGCUUUACGCGUAGUCUGCUGGGCAAACCCUUCGCUCGAGUUAAGGGUCUGAAUGUGCAGCCUAAUCAUGCCUGUGUACUGAAGGCUCUCUGCCAGUUUUGUAUGUGCUAGUCUUUGCGUGGAAGCACACUUGUUGAUCAAAGUUCCAACAGGGUCUGUGCCUGCAGACUACUUUACGCGCGGCAGGUGUGUGCGUGUGUGUAUAUCUGCACCUUCAAGUAAAGCUACAGUUCCAUCUACAAGCCUAACGAUAUGUACUUCACGAAAAAUUAUUUUAUCUGUGCGGGUUGAAAGUCAGCGUAGUAUUCCCGGUUCCAUCCGGAUUUUGAUUUGUUUCGAAAAUAUGACGAUGUUGCCCAACCAACUGCUCCCCUUUGUAUUUCUUAUAACUGCACUGGAAAGAACGACAUGUCAGAUCUUCCCAAGCCAGCAGGAGGAUGGAGGGUCACAAUUUCCAAGCUACCCAGGAGAUGUAGGAGGAACUUGGUAUCCACGUCCAGGAGGACCGGGAGCACCCGGGGAAGGUUUGCCAGGUCCAUUGCCAGGAGGUCGUGGAGGAGGCUUUCCAGCAGGUCCAGUAGGACCAGGAUCACCGGGAGCUAGAGGUAACUACCCAGGGAGACCAGGAGCCAAUGGAGGGAGAGGAAUGCCCCCACCUGCACCUGGCCUCCAUCCAGGAGCUGUCGCAUCAGGACCGGUAUUUCCACCAAUUGGCAGUGAAUUAGGAACCAGUGAUGGAGAUCCAGGUCCCCAGCCAAGUUUUCAGGAAGGAGAAGGAUGGGGUGCUCUACCCUCUGACUUCGAUCCAGGUCUUGAAAUGGGAGACCCCGACUUGGCUGGAAGUAGUCAUGGGGUGGAUCCAGCCAUCGGGCCAUACUCAUCAAGUACGCUUUACGACAGUGGAGAUGGACGAGGAGCAAGUAUCAACGAUGGAUUUCACCAUGACUCGACUGGAGAUCACAUACACAACAACGAUGCUGCAGGAACUGACGACAAUGGCUCGAACAGAGACACAAACUCCGGAUUAAAGCCUGGAGAGCAAGAAUCCGUAAAAAGUAUUGGAAUCCGUCAAAAUAUGACCGCACCAGGGACAAAAGACGAUGACUUCAAUUACGUUGGAAUGUAUAUAACUGUAGCUGUCUGCAUCACAUUCAUGGUUACCUUAGUCGCCAUUGGUCUUAUUCGUGGUCCACAAGGCCCAUUUAAGACCAAACGAACAGAAGAGGAGAUUGCAAGGGGCCUCGGCGGUGGUCGAACGGCGGGGAACGUCAUCGUGUUGUCAGACGGCGUAGAGACGCGGACAGAUGCGCAGUGGGAGCAACAACCGCUGCGCGCUGAAUGCAACGACGCGGUUGCGGAUGUCCGCGUUAAUUGCGAGGCUUCCGAAGAAGUCUCCGAGGGAUCAACGGCAGUUGCAAUGGCUGAAAUAGUAGACAAAGAAGAAGGCGUUUGAAUUAUGAAACGUUCAUCACUUAUCAUCACUGACCCAGCAUUCAAGAUAUCUGAAACUCGGUUGACAAACGUCCCUCCCGUACUUUGCCACUGUUGCGUAUAAUGUAUGACUUUCUUCUCCUCGCGGAAGUUUGUGUUUCCUCUAUAUGGAGUUUAAUUCCUGUCUGGGUGUGUUUACCUCAAGUUUCUUUCUAUAUUUUGUUAUUAAAUACAAUUGAGUUACGUUAUUUUAAUAGCCACAACAUUUACUUAGACAAAAAUCCGAUUGAAAAAAAAAGAUUAUCUGGCAAAAAAUGUUUUGGGACUAUAUCAAUUCUAUAUUGAGCUAGAGGGGAUUGGUUUCUUCAAGUGUACUUGAAACGGUGCAUCUUAACCACUGCAAGCCCAUCGAUCGCCGGCAGAGUUUACUUCAUGGACAUUCCUAGAAUACCUAUUAUGUUCUGCUCGUCUACUAUCAAAAGUUUAGUUUAGCAUUAUUAUUAUCAUUAUUAUUAAAAUGAGUCGAGUUUCUUUGAAAUGGAAAUGGAACUCUUUUCUUCACUCGAUUUUAAGUACUAUAGUAACAGUUAACUAUUAAAUUCCAGAUUCAAUGUUCAAGCAUCGUAAUCAUGACCAUAGAUUGUUGUAGAUUCAUCUUUGAUAGCUAUAGUGUUGAUAGCGAGGUUAAAGAUAUACCCAUUGGUAGAGAUGUUCACGGUCGGGAUCAAUCCAGGAAAAUGUGACCAAAGUACAAUUCUAACUUAUAGAAUCAACCUCUGUGAUUAGCUGAUCAGCUGAUAGGUUCCAGAAUGUCAAGGUGACCGGACAUGAAAUACGUCUUUCUAGUACAGUUACAAUAGUCAUGAUGAUAAUGUUCCGAUUGUAUGGUCUUUAAUGAGAAACAAAGGGUAUAUAUACUAUGCGUUUUAUUCAAUGAUGUCCCCCAACCAAUCAGUGCAUGUGCUUAUAAUGAGGGCUGGUGUGAUUCAAGAAUAAUUGGACAACAAAUUCCCUUUCAAGUCAAAGACCUAUACUCAAUGCUUUGCGUGAUCCUGACACUUGCUUGUUUGUAAGUAACCACGCAGAAUUCACGCAAUAAGAGAUCUCUUGUCUUUAAACCAACUACUCUUGAACUGUGAUGGAUUUCUCUUAAACUAUUUUAAGACAAUAACAAUUGUAUUAUUCAAAGAUUGGAUUUUAACUUUAGCUGAUGCGAAUAAAAAUUAUUGACUCUCUGAUUUAGCACCCGAUAAUAUGUUCCACUUGAGCUCUUGCAACCGCGAGGCAGAACGCCUUUGGAGACAUAGAUAAUGUAUUGUCAAAUGCUUUUCAUGACAAUGCAGUCUUUGUCAAGGGUUGAUGAAUCCAACCAGCAGAUUCGUCACGGACUCUGGACAAACGACAUACUUCAAAUUUUUCGUAAGCUGCGAAACGUAGGACGAAACUUCUGUUUCGAUUCACCAAUUUUCGACAAAGACGUUCCAGCUUUCCAUUAUAAUUUGACUUGCAUUUUUUAUUUUGUUGCUGUGUUCUAGGAUUUUUUCUACCUCGCGGUGCAAAAACGCAAUUUUCUCAAACUAACCAACAGCUUUAUAAAGCACCGGCUUAGAAAGCUCAAUACAGAUGUGGCGCUACGGGAGGGGCUUGCCCCCACCCCCUUGAAUCCACGCCUACAAAAAUACUACCUCACUGCGCUUGUGAUUAAUGUUUUUGUGGCAAUCUCGGCACCAAUUUUAGUUUCAUUCAAUUUGUUACUGCUUCCGUUACAUGAUGCAUGCCAAUGCUUGGAAUAUUUCUUGGAUUAAUUGUCUCGGUCACUUCUAGGAUGCUUUUUAUUUCAUGAUUUAAAAAUCAUUUUCGAAAUGACUAAACAUGGUUCUGUUAUGCACAUCAGGGUCAGGCCAGUGUAUUUUGAAAGGGGGGGGGGGACUUCUUAAAGAUAAAGAAUUGCAAACCCAUGCCUCUCUUUUUGGCAUUCUUAUUUCUCCCCUUUUCCUUUUCCCAUCACUUCAAACAAACAAAAUCAUAGGAGAUCAUAUCUCCUGUUGACCCCGUAGCACCUCCAUUGCUUUAGAUGCAAACGUCAUGUAAUUUCGGAGCCUCUCACUACGGACAUUAUUUUGACAAAAGUUUUAAGAGCUUUUUCAUGAUUCAGUGUAGAAGUCUGUUGGAUUUUUACGUACACAUUACAUUCAAAAGUAUACACAAAAGUAUACUCAUAUUAUUGGUCAACAGUAAUUUUAUGAUAUUGGUGAAUAUUGUGCCUGGCCCAAAAAUGUUGCCAAAACCCCAAAACUCUGGUUCUUUUUAAGCACAUUUGUAACGAAAAAAUGCCACAAUCAAUAUGUAUCACUAUUUUUGGUCGAACUUAUAACAGGAAUUCUAAAACACGUCGGGUUUUAUCAAUCCUUAUUAAAAAUGUUGUGGGCUUGAAAAAACAUGUCUAUACAUGUAAGUGUAUUGGAGGAAUGUUGGGCAAAGAUGCAUGCUUGCGCACAUUUGCUCAUAUUGGACCAAUUCACCAGUAAUGUGCCUUUCAUUAUAAUAACGUCAAAGCUUGCCAAGUUUUAUUUCGAUUUUAUUUGUUCAUUUUUAUCUAAAAUUUCAUCUAAUGUAUUAUGCUGAUGAAAUCGAGUUUCCGAAAUUCUUUGGAUUAUAAUUUUGAAAUGAACCAAAAUAUUUUUAACAUUUGGAAUUAAGUAUAUUAAAAGAUAAAUUUUGUUGAAUAAUAUUGCUGAAUCUUAUUUGGUUUAGUCUUUAGUCAUGGUCGCUUGGAUUUAUUUAAAAUCUAGAAAUUCAAUGUUUAUACUUUCAUACGAGAUAAAAUAUGAUACAAUUACUUUCUCAUACGUUUGUGAUGUUCAUUAUUCAAAUAUAUUGUCUUUAUAACAAUAAAGAGUUUUAAAUAUUAGUCAU